UUACUGGCGAAGAUAUCAUGCUGAUACGUGAACAGACGGAAAAUAAUGAAGCCGACAAGAAAAAACGAGACCGAAGGAAAUUAACGAAGUUACUUGAAGAAACAUCACAUUUUUUAUUCAAGGAAAUUUACAAGAUUGUAACAACUGGUCUUAAAAAAACAUCAAAGCUAUUUGCCGGCAGGGACAUUCUGUAUAUUCUUCAUUAUUCCUAUCUGAACAAUUGAUAAUUUUCAUUUCCUCAACAAUAGAUAUUGUUACCUCAGCGACAGCGGAAAAUCGAAUAAUAGUAACGGUAUAUGUCAUGAGAGAGAAUGUUUCAUUAUUGAUGUCAACGACAUAUAAUACGUUUUGCAAAUAUAUAAUACACACAUUCUACUGAAGACUAAAGUUGGUACAAUCUAAAUGGAUUAAGUUUAUAUAUCAAUCAGACGAAUACACAGUCGAUCCGUUUUCUUUAAAAAUAUUUGAAGUAUAUAAAAUAAAUUUUGCUUUUUCAGCUAACAAGCUGCGUAAUUGGACAAGUUUAUGUAUUUUUGUGCACUUGUAAAUACCUUUCAAAAUAAUUGUACUUUGACGAUCUUUAAGUUUCACACACUCGUUUUCACGCACUAAUUGAGUGUAGCAAUUUUAAGUUGUGUAUCAAUCGAAAUAAUUUGUAAUGUCAUUUUACAUUUUCAAAUUACAGGAAAGCGGUUUUAAAAGCAUUCACUCGAUCAACAUGAGCGUUAAAUUGUGUUAAAAAGUUUAAUUGGCGGAGCUUUUUUCAAAAUUUAGUUCUUCACUUAGAUAAAAGGAGAAAUGCUUUAAGUAUUUGUUGACUUGGUAGUAAACGGUGGUGAAUUUAUCAAAGUUUAAAACAAUGACAGUGUUACCUUCUGAAUAUUCAUAACGUAAAAUUGACUACAAAACGUUUACGUAUUCACUGGACUAUUUAAACGAGAAACCUGUCACAUGUGCGUAAUAUUUGUGUGUGUGCGCAGCAAGAGUUAAACAUAUUACUUCAAGAUAAUAAUGGAUUUUUGAAUAGUUAUGUAAACAUUUAAAAGGUUUUUAAUAGAGAAAAACAUCUAUAAUAAAGUCAUCAUGUCGGCGUCAGCUUCUCGGGACAACCGACGGAUGUCGGUUACAAGGGAAAUUUUCCGCCGACAGUCCAGGGAUAUUCCUGUACAUAGAAAUUCUACUCCGCAUCCUCAUAGUGAGCCAACCCAAUCUUCUCCUGCCGGUAUCCGAAAGAGGAGAACUUCAGGACCAAAGCCUCAUCUACUGAAACGAUUCUAUGCCACUGCUCCUGAAGCCGAAAGGAAAUACCUACUGGUUCCCAAAUCAUUCCGCAAAGCUCAGGAGAAACCAGUUAAGAGGAAUUAUUUUCGUUUAGGUCUACAAGCUCUUCGUAACAGGGUACCAGUCAUUGAUACAGUGUUAACGUACAACUUUAAAGAAAAUCUUAUUGCGGAUCUUGUUGCCGGUCUAGCAGUGACAGGGCUGCAUUUCCCACAAGGCCUUGCUUAUGCAUUAUUAGCCGGUUUACCACCAGGUAUAGGCAUGGUCUCGACAAUCUUUCCCGUGCUCAUUUACAUGUUCUUUGGUUCCGCAGCCCACACUUCUAUUGGCACAAACGCCAUAGUAUCUAUAAUUAUAGGGGAUAUGCUUCUAGAACCAAAUGUCCAAGCGUUUAUGCAAAAAGCGUCUCACUCAGGUCACCAAAAUGUAGAAGUUCAUCUGAAUACAACAGAAUCAAUUAUUAUGGACAAUGUAACAAGUACGUAUACAAUUGAUUCAAGGACAGAACCAGAAGUGGAUGAAUCGGUUAUGCAACUAAGAAUAGCUCUUGUCGCUGGUGCUACAUUUUACACAGGGGUCUUAUUUGUCGUUAUGGCUAUAUUUAGAAUGGGAUUUCUCGUAACGUAUCUAUCACAGUCAUUCAUGAGUGGCUUUACAACCGGUGUUGCAGUUCAUAUCUUCAGUAGUCAAAUUAAAACAGCACUUGGUUUGAAGCUCCCUCCUAUAGAAGGCGUUGGUAAGCUUGUCAAGUUGUAUUUCAACACGUUUAAGUACAUAGCUUCAGUAAACAUCGGUGAUCUAGUCGUGACAAUUGUUUGUGUUAUUACUCUUUUAUUGGUAAAAAUUGGAAUAAAUGAACGGUUGAAACUUAAAGUUCCAAUACCUAUAGAUUUUAUCCUGCUUGUACUUGCAACCAUUAUUUCCUACUUUGCCAAACUGCCAAGUCUAGGUGUUCACGCUCUUGGAAAAGUUGAGUUGGGAAUCCCAGCACCGGAACUGCCAGCAUUUACGCCAGCGGGUACAUUGAUCGUCUACGCCAUUCAAAUAGCGCUAGUGACAUUCUUCCUCAACAUCUCAGUCGUCAAGCUCAUUGCAAGAAGAAACGGUUAUGAAAUCAGUGAGAACAUAGAACUGAAUGCCUAUGGAAUGUGUAACAUCAUUCCAGCGUUCUUUUCCAACAUUCCAGCAAGUGUGGCGCCACCUAGAACGUCACUUCUUUCCAGCAUGGGAGCAAAGACAACAAUGAACGCAGUAUCUACAUUCGCUAUAAUGCUUGCGUUAAUCUUCUACUUUGGUCAAUUCUUUGAAACAUGUCCGAAAGCAGUUUUAGCGUCAAUGAUCAUGGUUGCCAUGAAAGACCUUUUAAAACAGGUCACAGUCCUUCCGAAACUGUGGAAAGUCAACAAAAAUGAUUUCACAACAUGGUUGUUUGCAGCGAUUGUUUGUGUGUUUGCAGAUAUCCCCUAUGGUCUUGCAUUAGGCGUGCUAGUAUCUCUACUUUCUGUUAUAAAUCAAAGCCAGAGAGGAUGGGUUUCUGUUAUUGGCAAAUCUGAUUCAGAGGAUCUUUAUUUAGAUGCAGAAGAUUACGGAGCCAUACACGAGAUACCGAUGGUUAAAAUUGUCCGAAUGGAGUCGUCUUUAUAUUUUGCAACAGCAGAAAUGUUUAGAAAAAACAUAUAUAAAAUAAUCGAAAAGGAUUCCGACAAAUUUAGCGAAGAAAACAAAGAUAAAUCGUCAUUGCAUGAUGGAAAAUCGUCAAAAAGUUAUGACGAUGUCGAAGAGGCAAUGAUUGGUCAGGGUGGUAUUUGUAAAGAUACAAUAAAAGAAGAAGAAGAUGAUGAACAAGAAAAAGUAGUGAGUUCGGACGAAGAGGAAGAAGAUUCUUUCAAAAUUAAAGUCUUGAUAAUUGAUUGCAUUCCGAUAAACUUCAUCGACGGUACGGGGUUAGACAUGCUAAAAUUGGUCAUAUUUGAGUUAGGAUGUUUAGAUAUUUCAGUGUAUCUUGCUAGGUGUUCGAGGUACAUGCUUCAUCUAAUGGAGAAAUCAGACAUGUAUGACGAAUUUCCACGAGAAAAUGUGUUUAUUGACCUCCCUGAUGCUGUCGAUGCAGCUCUAAAAUCAUGUAAACCUAAAGUUAAAGAUCAUUUUGCAGAAAUGGAGCCGGAACACAAACCUAAACCUUUUCCAAAAGUGAUGUCAUUAGGCUCAAUCAGUUCAAACUAUGACAACUUUAUUCAUCGCAACAGCAUUUUCCAACCCUUGUAAACGUUUCAGUUACAGUGUUUUUGUACUCAAAGUGUUUUAUAUUACAUUUUGUAUGAUAUUACAAUUGCUGAUAAAUUUUCUUAGAAUUUCAUUUCUGUAAUUUUAAUUUCCGGCAAUAUUUAAUUCAGUAUAACAAUGAAUUAUUUUUUAGAAAAAGCUAAUAGAUUUGAUGGGCUUGUAAUGUAUAAUGAAGUAAGUGUGUUGAAUCUAGAUGAUGGAAGAUCAAAGAGAAAGCACUAUCGAAUUUAACUAUUGGCCUUUUAAAGUAACAACAACGUUGUUAUCAUUCACAUAGAUUUAUUGCGUAAAAGGAAUGUGUUUUCCAGUGGUAUCUACAUUCAAAAGUUCGUUAAUAUCAUUCAAAGUUUCAUAAAUUAAGCUCUCAGGAAAAGCACUCUAAAACUUUGCUAAGCGCUUAAACAAAUUAUUACACAUUGUGAGACAUUUUAAGUACGGCUAGACAUUAAAAGAUUCUUUUACCAUUAUCAUUUGUACAUUUCUCAUAGAAUAAUAUUUCCUUAUGCUUCUAGGACAACGAGAGAAACAUCUACAUUCUUGGGUUGUUUGUCAUUUGAUGUAAAUCUUAUUGCUUACUUUAUGUCUGCUUAUUUGUAAUCAUAUUUCAAAUAAUAUUUGAAAUGACGAAGCUUCGCUUUUGCUUCUGUUGAAUAUUACAUAUUCAACGAUUGUUGUUGUAGUAAUCAUAAAAUGUCUUAUACACAUACCUCGAUGAUAUGAGUUUUUAUGACAAUAUUUGUUGGUAAGGGCUCGCUCAAUACUAUACAUAUAAAUAUAAUGGUGCCC